AAAAUAGAACAUCACCAUGGCGGAAAACGAAGUCAAACAAGUCAUCCAACAGCUCGACUCCCUCAAAGCGAACCACCUCUCCCAAGCACCGCAGCUUCUCUCACGCGCCAAACUCGGCCUCCUCCAUCUCAACGCCCUCAUCCCCUCCGAAGACACCAAGCCUCAACAUCUGCAACUCGCCACCGCCGUUCUCGAACACGGCGCGCUGAUCAGCAUCAAGCUGAAAGACACCGACUCGUUCACCCGCUACUACCAACAACUACAGCCGUUCUACUCGCUGCCACAGGAGGGUCGAAGGAGCCGAGCGAGUAACCAGGGAAAGGUCACGGGGCUGUAUCUGUUGCUGCUGUUGAGCGUGGGCGACUAUGCGGGGUUCCAUACCGUGCUGGAGGGAUUGGAAGUGAGCGGAGGCAAGGACCACAUCGAUCGGGAUGAGUUCAUUCAGUACCCUGUGCGGUUGGAGCAGGCGUUGAUGGAGGGCAGCUACGACAAAGUGUGGGUGGAGACGAAGGGCGAGCGGGUGCCGAGUGAGGAGUUUGCGGUGUUCUCCGAGGUCCUCAUCGACACGAUCCGAUCCGAAAUCGCUUCCUGCUCAGAGCGCGCCUACCCAUCUCUCCCCAUCUCGAACGCAAAGAACCUGCUAUUCCUCGACUCGGAGGGCGCCGUGGUGCAAUUCGCGCAGUCUCGCGGCUGGGUGGCAAAGGAUGGACGGAUAUACUUCCCGGAGCAGGAGGAGGAGAUGCGCGCGGCGGAGAAGGAUGUCAUGAGCAACAGUGACGUUGUGAUUGAGAACACGUUAGGCUAUGCGCGGAAGUUGGAGACGAUUGUGAGCAAUAUCCGCGGAGCAAAAUGCCCGGAGCAGCAGUUCGAUUAG